AUGAGAGGGUCAAUUACUAUAUCCACUCCAAAUAAGACACAACAAGCAUUUUAUUUGAAAGAAAAUAACAUUAAUAUUGAAAGCAAAGUUUAGUCUUUACUCAAUGAGAAUUGCAUUUUAAAUUAACAAUUAGAAAAAGCUAGAUUUGAAAUAGAAAACUAUCAAUAACAAAAUGAACAAUUUUAAGAAAUCAAAAAAAGAGUAUCGAAACUCGAACAGCUUAUAGAUACUUAGUAAACUGAAAUUGAAAAAUGGAAAUUAAAAUAUUAAAGAGCGGCUGCUGGGGAAACUGAUAUAUAAAAAAUGGAAGGUCAAAUUUUAAAUGUUAUAGAAGAAAAUGAAAGAUUGAAUUAGUUGAUUUAAACUAUGAAUGAAUAAUUGGCUGAAUAAAAUAACCAAAUUACUUCAUUAUCGAAUACGAUAUUAUAAUAAGAUAUAGAAUUGAAAAAAUCUAAAAAGAGUGUUGAAAAAACAAAUAAGCAAGCUAUUCCAUGGAGUGCGUUUUAAAACGAUAGAAAAGGAGCAAAAUAACCAGAAAUUCAUUUUAUUAAAGGCAAAUAAAAUGAUUUAGAAUAAAAUGCUUUGAGUAAAAAGAAUGAAUAAAAUUGCAAAUAAUGUUAAUAAAAAUGCAAUUAAGAUGUGAUUCAAUUAUAGCAAUAAACAACUUAACUUUAGAAUGAAAAUUAAUAAUUAUUAGUCAAAAUAAAUGAACUAGAAACUAAAUUAUAGAGUCAAAAUGGUGAAUAAACAGUAAAUUAAGGAGAAGUUUAAAAUACUUUGAAUAUUAAUAGUUUAAUAAUUGAGUUAUAAGAAUAAGUACAAAAUUAAUAACAGUUUGUUUAAGAGGAGAUGAUAAAGCAUUAAUAAUGUUAAUAAUAAAUGGAAAUGAUUAAAGAAUAAUUGAAAUAAUUUGAAUCAUUUUUUAAAUCCUUAAAUACAUAGGUUUAAAAUGAUCAAAUUAAAUUUAAUGGUUAGCUUUACAAUUAAUUUUAAACGGGAUCUGAGAAUUGUUUAAGAAUUCUUGAAUAAUUAAAAAAUAAAUGA